AUGAGUACAAGCGUCAUCACCAAUCAAGCAACCCUGGACGCCCCUCCUCCCACUUGUCCAGUGGAAACCCCGACCAUCUCGUUAUUCAGCUCGAAUUCCACCACGGUCUCAGUCAAUCUUGACGUUCAGGCCCCAUUCCCCGCAAUCAGAGCCCUCUUUGAUUAUCUGCACGCCCACCCUGAAGAGGUCCAAAACUUGAAUGCAACAUACCCCCGCCGGGGUGUCAUGAAGACUGCUGCUUUACACAAGACCCAGUCCGACCAGAAGUUCACGAUCGAUCUCUCGCCCGUGCGGACCUCCCGGAUUCCGGACACGCUUCGUGAUCGCCUGUCUCCGCACGGAUUCGAUGAUGUUCUCUGCUUCUUCGACACCCUCGCUGCUCAGUAUGUCCCCACUAUACUUUCUUCUCUGAGCAUCCUCGCCGGUACCGACCUGUCCAGCGCACACACUUCCUACAACAUGAACUAUCGCCUAUGUGACUACCAUCCUAGAACGGCUGCCCCAGAAUCGUUGAAUGGAUGCGGAGCCCAUACGGAUUAUGGAACCUUCUCCAUCAUCUUCCAAGACGGUACCUCGGGUCUGGAGCUGGAAGAAACCCCCGGCAUGUGGGUCCCUGUUCCCGGAGAUGCUACGGUUAUUCUUACUGGCUGGUGUGCGGUCAUCCUGAGCGGCGGUCGACUGUCUGCUGCACGGCACCGUGUUCGACGUACUCCCGGUGUGCGUCGGUUGAGCGCUGUCUUGUUCGUUGCUCCUGAUCUGGAAGUGAAACUGAAGCCUCUACCUGGUGUUCAGCCGUCCAGAGCUUUCUCUGACACCAUUAUGCGUGGAGACUUGGGCGUUGAGACCUUCAAAGAGAUCAUGGGAAAGAGAUGGCGCUGGCGAGAGGGAAAUGAGGAGAUGGAUGAUGGAGGCUCCAUGUCCCAAGAUAGCGAGGUCGAGAAAAUGGUUUGGGGCUAA